AAAGCCUGCGUUGUCACUUGUCACUACCACCACACCUUCUUCACUAGCUACAAAGUGACAGCAAACUCAAACCAAAAUCACAGUCACAAAACACUUUGGAAAAUAAUUAUUAACUAUUUUCAAAUUCUUUUAUGCCAUCGAAUUAAAAAAAUAUAUAUAUUUUUUUUUAAUAAUAAUAAUAAUACUCUCAUCCCCAAAAACAUAAAUGAAAAUCAAACCCCACACUUUACCAACCUUGUCUAUAUUUGUCUCCGUUACUUUUUCUUAGUGGUCCUCUCUUUUUCUCUCUCUGUCUCUCUGUGUCCGAGAUUAUAUCUUUGGUUUUGUUUAUCAUUUUGAGUGGUGGGGUGAUUUUUAAUUUUGAUGGCAAAGAAUGAGGGAUUUGUGGGGGACCAUCUGAGACUGAGAGGAGCACCUGCUGCUGCUACUUUCUCUCAGCUAUUGUUGGCAGAGGAUGAUGAUGAGAACAAUAAUGGUGUUGCUGUUGCCGUGGGUCUUGAUGUGGACCAGACCACCAGCUUCAACUACUCUUCUUCUGUGUUUUCUUCUGAAAAGCCACCCAAAAUGCUCUGCUUUGGGAACUAUCAUCAGAAGCACCACCAAGGAGAUCAGCUGGUAUAUCCACCAUUAACUGAGAAUAAUAUCACUAACACAAAUACUACCACUCCACAGAAAUCAGGGGUUACAUGCAGCGAUUCCUCAUCAGCUUCUUCUGGCAACAACAACAAUAACAACAGCUGUGUCACUUUGAGUGUGAACACUUUGUCAAAACCUGAUAAAAAGCGAAAUGGGUUCGGUCAGGAAUCGGCGCAGUGUGGUAGCGCCAUCACCACGGCUGUGGUGGCAACUCAGAGAACCUCUAAAAGAACGAAAACGGCGAAUCCUACACCAGCUGGCCAUGCAAAGAGGAAAGAGAAGUUAGGAGAAAGGAUCACAACAUUGCAGCAGCUUGUUUCUCCCUUUGGCAAGACAGAUACAGCCUCAGUGCUUCAUGAAGCGAUGGGAUAUAUCAGAUUUCUGCAAGACCAGGUUCAAGUCCUGUGCUCUCCUUACCUUCAACGCUUGCCCUCUUCUUCACAACACCACCUACCAAAACUUGGUGGAGAAAAUGGAGGCAGAGAAGCAGCAAGAAAGGAAUUGAGGAGCAGAGGGCUGUGCUUGGUUCCAGUGGAUUGCACCGUACACGUGGCUAACAACAAUGGUGCUGAUUUCUGGUCACCUGCAGCCAUGGGAAACAAUGUUUUUUCACCUUCAACAAAGCACAGUGAAUACUGAAUACUACUACUACUACUAGACCUAGUCUUGUCAAACUCAACUUUUUGUAAAUGGGGUAUCUUGUGCUUUGCCUAUAAUGGGGUAAGUUAACCUGUAAUGACGGCUCGUUUUUGAGGAAAAAAAGGUCAAAAAAUGGUAAAAGCUGACAGCCAUGAGAGUUUAGAAUCUAAGUUCACACUCACACAUGGCUAUGUUGAAACAUAGAAAAGUAGGUGAAAAAAGUGUUACGGAAACGAAAAGGGGUUGGUUUUUGCUUUUUGGGAAGGAAUACGUGUGUGUGGUUUGGGGAAUGGGAUAAAGCUUUUGGCAUGGCCUACACUUGUAAAUUUUGCAGGGUUAAACCAAUUACCAAGGCGAUUUUGAUAA